AUGGACGUUAAAACACCGGACCGUAGCUUGAGCUCAUCAAGCCGGCUCAGGACCGGCUUUCUCUUGUCUAUUUCGUCCCUCAUGGCUAUAUGUGCCAAACACGCCAGCCGAGUUUCGAGAAAGCUCAGAGCCAAGGCGCUGGAGCCGAGUAAAAACUCCGGCGAUGAAAGUACUUGGAACGAAGGAUUUAGUCCUUGCAGAAGUCCUGCGUUCGCGUCGAGGUCACCGUGGACGGCGAAGUCGCCGCUGAGGGCGCGGCCGAAGCAGCUGUUCACGAACAUCAGCAACAAGGCGAUGAGUUUGGUGAGUAGGAAUAAAAAAUCGGGCGCAGAUAGCGAUUCCGCGUCCGAGGAAUUCGGUGAUGGCGGAGUAUGGCAGAAGGCAAUCUUGAUGGGGGAUAAAUGUCAGCCGCUGGAUUUCUCCGGCGUGAUUUAUUAUGAUAGUCGCGGGAAGCAGCUUGAAGAGCUUCCUUUCCGGUCUCCACGUGCCAGUCCCAUGCGUGGGUAUGUCGCACGUGCCAACUAG